AUGGCCUGGCAGUCGCCUUCGGCCAUGAAUGGCGGCGGUGCCAACGGAGCGGGUGACGGCAAUGCGCCAGCGGGGACAGAGUACACAUUGCAGGGUGUUAUGCGAUUUCUACAGCUGGAAUGGCACAACCACGAGCGAGCACGAAAUGCAUGGGACAUUGAGCGCGCAGAGAUGAAGGCCAAGAUUGCGAAACAGGAGGGCGAGGUGCGGAGCGCGAAGAAGUUGAACGACCAGCUGAACAAGCAUAUUCGGAUGCUGGAACAGGCACUCACCAACGAGAGAAAGAAGAAGAGCGAGGCAGCAGGAGGUGAAUCUGAGGCCACAACAGACGACAAGAAGGACCCCAAGGGCAAGAAGAGUGGCCUGAAUCCUACCAAGCCCCAAAACAAGAAACACAACUCCUUCCUUGACGUCGACUCAGAUUUCCUCGACCGGGCAGAGGCCGACCGGGAGAAUUUACGAGAGAAAUCGAAGCUCUACCUUACGAAAUGCGUCGAAGAGAUCACAUACCUUCUCACUCCCCCACAAGCGCCGCAACAACAACAGAAUCUACAGCCACUCGCAAACGGUAACGGUUACUUGAACCACGGCGAGGCCUCAAUGGAAGACAUAUACAUCCAACAGCAUCGCCAGCGGCUGCAGUCGCAACUCCCCACCAUGCCAGGCACGUCAAUGCCUACUCACCAGCCUCCCAACGUACCAGUUCCAUCCGAACUCCAGAGCUUGACCAACCCGCACCAAAUCCACCACGCGCCACAGAUGACACGGGAACCUUCACAGCAACAACCCCUUCCACAGAACGCUAGUAUGGGCCAAGAACUCCUCGGACAGCAACGUCAGCCCCUGAACCAGCAGCAUUAUUCCUCGGUACCCGAAGAGCAGGUCGAAAAGGUGACACAUGCGUUCGACAACGAAGGUCGCCAAAUACCACUUGGUGAGGAAAACGCCUCGGAUUCAAGUCAGGCUGCCAAUCAGGAGAAAGAGACAGAUGAUUGGAUCUUUGACCCCGCAUCAGAGACAGCUCAGGAGGGCCCACCUAGAAGACCAGACACCGAAGAAUUCCCAUCAGCGAAUAGCAUCCCAGCAAAAUCGCCACCGCGUCCUGUAAAGAGGGCCAGCAAAGACCACGUCAGACGACUGAGUAACGACCAGAAAGCUCAGCAAGCAGUAGCUCAAUCUGCAGCGAAGACCGACCCGCAAAGUUUUAAAGUCCGAUUUGCACUUCGUGGUCAUCUUGAUGUGGUGCGCUCAGUCAUUUUCACCGGGGGUGGUAGCCCUAGCGAACCGGAGAUUUGCACAGCAGGAGAUGAUGGUAUGAUCAAGAGAUGGAUGAUACCCGCGAGUUACGCAAACCAGCACAGCAUGAACAAUGAUCUAGAUAUUCAGCCCUUUUGGUCACAUCGGGGUCAUGAAGGCACUGUUACAUCGUUAGCAGCCUGUCCCGCUUCUGCUCAUUUUGCCACUGGCGGAAGGGUCUCUGGCGAUGGCUGGAUAUUCUCUGGUGGUCAAGACGCUACGAUCCGCGUAUGGGAACGAGGCCGGGUUGAUCCAAAGGCUACCCUCGAAGGGCACACCGAUGCUGUCUGGACUGUGUGCGUCCUCCCCACCACCUGUGCUAACCUUUUCGGCGCCGACAGCAGCAAGUAUGGAGGACCGGACCGCGUCAUACUCGCUUCUGGGUCCGCCGACGGUACCAUCAAGAUCUGGGCUGUAAGUGCACCACCUCAACUGGUUUCACCGCAAACAAACUCCCGUCGUGGUGUUGGAGGCAGCCGGAGACACUCGGUCACGUCUGGAUCAAACCACCCAUCAUCGCCGCAGCCUAGCAUUGCUACCACGACACCAUUCCAUUACAUGUUGAUACAUACCAUCGAGCGCGACACGCAUCCUUCACCUACGUGUAUCAGCCCGCUUUCACCUACUGGAGAGAACUUUGUUGUCUCCUUCUCCGACGCAUCGAUAUUGGUGUAUGAUACGAGGACUGGUGAGGAGCUGAUCGGCAUGGCCAGUAAUGAGUCUUAUGACGGAACUCCAGCGACUGGUAUCACAUCAGUUGUGACGAGCUCGCAAUACCUUGAAAGUGGGUCACAGGAGGCUGGCCGAGGUGGUUCUGACGAGGAUGGUAUACAUGGCCCGACCGGCUCUGCCAAUGACGGCCUCGAGGGUGUUAUAAUCAGUGGGCACGAAGACCAUCUCAUUAGGUUCUUCGAUGCCAACUCUGGACAAUGUACAUAUAGCAUGCUUGCGCACCCCGCCGCUAUUUCUUCGUUAUCGCUCAGCAAGGACGGCCGAGAGGCAGUGUCCGCUGGCCAUGACGCUUCUAUUCGUUUCUGGUCACUCGAUAAGCGCAUCUGCACGCAAGAGAUCACUGCACAUCGUAUCAUGCGCGGUGAAGGUGUAUGCAGCGUUGUCUGGAGCCAGGAUGGUCGCCUUGUCGUCUCAGCAGGUGGUGACGGCAUCGUGAAGCUGGCCGCCCUGCCACAGAGCAUUCAAUCUGCGAAAGACCUCUACGACCUGCGUACCAAAUACAAAGAUGCCUCGGUCCUCAUCACCGCGAUAUACUCCGAGUCCAUGGUCAUUGCCGCGUCUUUGUCUCAAGUCCAAAACCUUCUACAACAUGACGCAUUACGAGAGAAGCCUCAACUGGUCGAGACGUUCGAUCGCGCGCUCACGGGAUGUCGAGUCGUGUACGGAUGUCUGGAGGAGGAAGUACGAGAGCUGAGAAUAAAAGCGGAAAAUGACGACCUCAAGUUCAAGGACCGAGCGAGAUUCCUGUGGAAAGAAGAUACGUUCAAAGAACUGCUCACACAGAUCCGUGGCCAGCAGUCGGCGCUCAGUCUAUUGAUUCAGGGACUGCAAAUGGAGUCGAUUGCGGAUAUUAAGAAGCUGGUUGAAGACAAUAGUGUUACACUCGAUCAGGUUGUAAAGCGGUCGAGGACUCUACGGCAGUCGCACCCACGCCUAAAAGUACCGGAGUCGCUUUUCAGUCGGCAAAGCCUGGACGGCAAAGAGGCCGAUGCGGAAUCCAUCGCAAAAGCUACAGAGUUCACGUUUGACGAUGAGGUCGUCAAUUCAAAAGCGUAUCGUAGGGCUAUGGCAAUGGCCUUGUCCACUUCACGCAACGAGAUCAAUGCACCCGAGGGACCAGAUACUGCGGUUGCAGAAGAUGACUCCACCGCUCUUGGAACCAUGUUCCAGGGCAACAACAAGGAUAAGAGAGAUGAACCGACAGUCCUUCCUCCACCAUGGUCAGAGGCCGAGAAUGCUACGACUAGUGUACUGAAGUCUGAAACAGAACAAAAUUCUUCAUCUCAAGUCACAACCACAGACGAACACGCAGAUUUGUUUGAUACUCUCGAGCGCGACAUACUUUCUUUCAUGCCUCAAACGUCAUCGACAUUUUGCUUGACUCCAAACCAUACGGGAUCUGAGAACCCCUCUGCGCUACCAAGUCAUCCUACUGGCUCAUUCACUCCUGCGCCACUGCGAUCAUUCAGUCAAGACAAAGACACGAACGACUCAGAACUUCCACCCCCGUUACCUCCUCGUCGUCCGAGCGAGCAGCAUGUUGUAACGCCCAAAAUGCGCUCAGUGUCAUCUGAUGAUAGUAUCUUCUCUUCUAACGCGCCAUCGAUUCUGUCAAAAGUAUCGACGGCGUCGUCUUAUACUGUGUAUGAAGCUUCGACAAUGACCCCCAACUCGACCGGUCGACCAUUGCGGAAGGCGCUGCCACUUGUGCACAAGUCAUCUUACAAUGCUUUAGGUAACAUUGGGCUUGGUACGAGUGAACCUACAGCACAGGAGGCAUCAUUGCUCCUGAAUAAUAUCGAAAUGAAUAGUAUCUGGAGGUCAUUCGUGGACGCAGAGAGGAAAUUUGUUGACCGCAUGGUAAAACUCAAACGGAUGUUCUACGACAACAUCAUAAGGCAAUGGCCAAUCAUCGAGAAACAUCUGGAUGCCAUUCUUGUUGGCGAGCAACUUGCAACCCUACACCAACAGUGUUUGUUGCACACAAUGGACCAAGAACUUGCUGGCAAUGGUAGUGCCCUCUGCAAUCCGUACAUGUUCGAAGUCUGGGUGGGCAAGACUCAACAACUAUAUCGAGAAUAUUGUCGAAAGAUGCCGCAUGCGUCCUCGUCACUGCGUACAACUCAGAUUCUGGACCCGAAGUUCACGCCUUUUGUCAAUACACUUGGUCUGAGUAUUGCUUAUUUUGGCAAGAGCUGGCAAGACUAUCUGGAGCUUCCCAAUUUACAGUUGCAGACUUAUGUUGAUACCAUACAGAGUCUUAUUAACAUUGCUGAAACACUCCGUGAUCCGGCGGCGAGUAGCGAGGUCAUGCGAUUGAGACGCGCUCUACAGGCCGUCACUUGGCUCAAAACAUCGACAUCGGCUUUGCUAGACGAAUCACAAGCUCGCGAAGACAUACAGAACUUGGAGAAGCGUAUUCGAACAGACGCUGGUACGCUUUCGCAGCUACGCUUACAUGAGCCGGUCCGCCGUGUCGUACAUCAAGGUGGCAUGGCGAUGAAGUUUAAGAGCCAGGGGCCCUGGAUCCCCGUACACGCCAUGCUUCUGGAUCACUACUUCUUGUGGGGAAAGACCAAGAAGAGCAAGGGCGACGAGAUCCUGGUAACGGACGCACCUAUUGCGGUUGCCGACAUGCAGCUAUCUCUUCCAGCAGACGUACACCAAUUCCAGAAGACUACAAUGCUUGACCAAAUAGCAAGGGGUUCAGUCAUAUAUAUCAUCACAGUCACAAACAUAGCCCAAGAGGGCAAGCCAAAUCUGCUAGGUCUGUACGGAGUUCAAGAGAGGAAGACCUGGUUCAAUUAUCUCACCACAGCUAAGACCAAGUUUUGCAAGUGA